AUGCAGAUGAAAAAUUCAGGACAGCGCUACCAUACUCAAAGUGAAAGAAAAACAAAACAAGCAGUUCCCAUCACCCAGACUACAGAGUUUCCUAUCACUCAGAUCACAGUAGUUCCCAUCACCCAGACUACAGAGGUUCCUAUCACUCAGAUCACAGUAGUACCCAUCACCAAGACCAUAGAAUUUCCCAUCACCCAGACCAUAGUAGUUCCCAUCACCCGAUUACAGUGGUUCCAAUCACCCAGGUUACAGCAAUUCACAUCACACCAAGAUCAAGGCAGUUCCCAUCACCAGACCACAGAUGUCCCAUCACUCAGACAUUUUUUGCGCCACCCAGACCGCAGCAGUUCCCAUCACUCAGACAACAGUAAUUCCCAUCAGUCAUACCACAGAAGUUCCCAUCACCGAAACUGCAGCAACUUCCAUCACAAAGACCACAGUGGAAGUUUCCAUCACCCAGACCACAGCAGUUCCCAUCAUCCAGACCACAGCAGUUCCCAUCACCCAGACCACAGCAGUUCCCAUCAUCCAGACCACAGCAGCUCCCAUCACCCAGACCAAGGCAGUUCUCAUCAUUUAGACCACAGAAGUAUCCAUCAUCCAGACCACAGUAGUUCCAAUCACCCACACCACAGAAGCUCCCAUCACUUACACCACAGUAGUUCCCGUCACCCAAAACUUCCCAUCAAGCAGAUCACAGUAUUUCGCUUCACACAGACUACAGAAGUUCCCAUCACGCAGACCACAGCAGUUUCGAUCACCUAG